AUGUCGCUCCUGGGGCAUCUUCUACAUCCCCGUCUAAAAGGACCAAUCAUCUGCGCCAAUGUGACUACACAUUCCUUGUAUAUUGGGGCCAUAGAUGACCAUUUUGCGCGGAAUUAUACGGUGUUAAUGAGCCAGUUCAUCUGUAUCACCUUGGCCUAUCUCAUCCUUCGAUUGAUCCUUAGGCCUUUGAGGCAACCUCGAUUCGUUUGCAGUGCCUUGGCGGGCAUUCUGGUAAACGCCAUAGUCAGGGGGAAUGCCACGUACUUCGCGACACUCCCAAAAGAAGAACUUCUAUUGGCAAGGACAUUAGGCGUUCUUGGCACAACUUACCUCCAAUUCCUAACCGCAGUGAAAGCAGACACGGCUGUUAUCUACCAUACGAUGAGAAACGCCUUGAUCAUAGGCUCAUUGAGCAUGUUUCUGCCUUUCGCCUUGACGUUUCUCGUGGCUCAUAAUCUAAGCCUCCCCGGAAUGAAACACCAAUACUCCCAAUUUUUUUUCAUCACUGGAUUGGGCUUUACGCGCUUCGCUAAUGUCGUCUAUGCUUUCAAUGAGCUCAACAUCAUGACUUCCGAUUUAGGACAGCUUGCGGUGUCCUGUUCCAUGGUCUGUGAAACAAUCGUGUGGCUGCUUAUGUUCGCGGGGGCAUACGCCGUAGCACCAAGAGUCUUAUUUUAUUGUGUUUUAUCAACCGCGGCUUUCCUCUUGCUCAUAUUCGGUAUUAUUCGGCCAGUGAUCAUGUUGAUUAUUGAGAAGCUGCCAGAAAGGAAACCCGUGAGUGAGUUUUUUAUCUCAUCCAUCUUAGUCAUAGCUUUGGUGCUGGCAUCUCUCACGGACAUGAUAGGGUCGAUAAACCUAGGAGUUGUAAUGUUCGGGCUAGUGAUACCAAACGGGCCGCCACUAGGAACGACCUUAAGCGAAAAGGUUGAGCUAAUCACCAUGGAGAUCUUGAUGCCGAUGUUCUAUGUUGUUGUCGGAUUCAACAUAGAUGUUCAUUCGGUAGAUUUGAAGGUCUCCAGAGAUACCCUCCUCCUAAUCCUACUGUCUACUCUACUGAAGAUUGUUGGAUCUCUGGUAGCUGCGUUGUGCUGCAAACUAAGGCUUCGACAUUCAAUUUUGCUUGGCCUCAUGUUGAACAUUAAGGGUCCGUUCGACGUAUAUCUCCUCAACCGCUAUCUAUUUGAGGACAUAGACAAGAAAACUUAUACGGUGACAGUGUUAUCCCAAGUGGCAAUUACCGCCGUUGUGACACCUUUGAUAGAUCUUUUCUAUAACCCUCACAAAAGACUGAGUGGGUCACUAAGAAAAUCGAGAAGAUCUAUGCAGACACACCCGAGCGACAGGGAGUUGCGGAUUCUUUUUUGCAUUCACAAUGAAGAUGAUGUCCCGGGCAUUAUUUCUCUUCUCCAAGCAUCAAACCCCACAGUCGCUAGCCCAAUCUGUGCCUAUGCCCUCCACCUGAACGAGCUCGUCGGUCGUGCGACACCAUUCAUCCUCCCCUACAACAAGCAGAUGAAAAGAACGAAAUCCAAAAGAUCUUACCACAUAAUGCGUGCUUUCGAGAAUUACUUUGGCAACUCGAAUCACUUAGUGAAAGUCAAACCCUACACGGCGACCGCAUCAUAUAAGACAAUGCACGAGUACAUCUGCCGGCUCGCUCAAGAUGAAAGCGUGCCUCUCAUUGUCCUCCCCUUCCACGGAAGCCAAGAAAUGUCCAACGUCCCGAACGUCAUUGCCUUGCGGAAUCUAGCUGAAAAGAUACAAGCCUACGCUCCCUGCACGAUUGGAACGUUGGUAGACACGAACAUGCGCCAUUGCUUGAGUAAAUCAACGACAUUUUCUUGUAAGGUCGGUGUAAUAUUCGUCGGUGGGACCGACGACCGCGAGGCCUUGGCGUUGGCUCUUCGCAUGAUUGGACGGCCCACUGUCAGUGUCACGGUGGUUCGCAUCAUUUUCCACGAUGUUUACAAAGAUAUCGACGAAAUCAUGGAGAACAAGCUUGACAAUGGGCUGAUUGAGCUAUUUCGGGUGAAGGCCGGUGCCGAUCUGUGCUCCACAUACCAUGAGGUCGACGUGAAAGACUCCGAGCAAGCGAUAGGCAAAAUUCAAGGUCUGAAGAACAAGUUCAAUCUCGUGAUGGUGGGACAAAAGAGAAGCGCGGGGAGCGUGUUCUCCGAGGAAACGAUGUUGAACUGGAGCGAGAAUCCAGAGCUAGGAGUGAUUGGCGAUUUAGUUGCGUCUUCCGAUUUCAGAGGAGAGACGACUUCGGUGUUGGUUUUGCGCCAUUACAGGGAUCCUAAGGGCUCCUUCCACCAUCAUUUAAAUGUCCACGAAGGAGGUUAUCUUCUCAGAAGAGCACCGUGUUGAGGAAAAAAAAAAGAGGUUAUAGCACGAGUCUCUUUUUCUAUUUUUCUCUUCUUCUUCUUCUUUUUUUCUCCGGGGGGUGUUCAAUAGCUGAUGUUAAUACGCACUCCUCCUUAGACUAAUUGCUUCUUCUAUUGAACUACUUUUUUUUUUUUCAAUUUUUGACUUUGAUGUUACGGUAUGCCUACUUGACAAAGAAGGCCGAUUGUAUAGGAUGAAAGUCAUACCGACUCAUAUAUAAAGUCUUCAAGGUGAAAAU